AUGUCCUCUGUCAAACCAAGUGUGACCAAGCGUGCCUGCGACGGUUGUAAGAUUCGAAAGAUCCGCUGUGGCGGCGGUCAACCUUGCCGGUCCUGCGUUAAGGCCAAAAUCAAAUGUACUUAUGUCCGCGUUCAACAAUGUCGAGGACCGAGGCGAUUGCGCUCGACGACGCAGUUCCUGAUCGAGCAAGCGCAGGUUGGUGGCGAUAGCAAUAACUGCGAGGCUACGCACCGCUCGACUGAAGCAAUGCUUGAGAGGCUUCACCCGAAUACUACGCCUGCGCAUCCGGCCACGCACAUGGAAAGGUCGGUCGCAUCUGUUUUGUGCAAUGUGCCUUGCCGACACUCGGAUCUAACACACUAUAGUUCGCGCAUUCCUCUCGAUACCCUGACGUCUCCGCUUUCCAUAUACCACGUGCGCAUGUACCCGGUUUGGCCGAUUGUCAACGUCGAAGAGAUGGUGUCCGUCCUUCAGCAGGACGCUGGUCACAGUGAUGAUGAGGCCUAUGCAUUAUCGACUGCAGUAGCAGCAGCGACAAUUGCUCAACUGCGACUGGAGCAAGCUUCCAGCGCCCAGCAGACGAUCACAGCCGAGACGUUCGCAGCGGAAUGCUUGCGCGCUCGGAACUCAUGUCAUUAUCGGUCCCAGGUAAACCUAAACAGUAUCCGGACGUCCUUUUUUCUGCAUGUGUACUAUGAAAACCAAAAGCCCGGUGGGAGCGAAUCUCUGCUGCACUUACGAGAAGCGAUUUCCAUGGCUCAAAUAAUGGGUCUCCACCGAGAGUCCUCUUACAAUUCUCUGUCGUUCGAGGAGGAACAGCUGCGUCGGCGUGUCCUUUGGCUACUCUUUGUCACAGAACGAGGUGUCUGUAUUCUGCACAGGUACCCAGUCACAUUGAAAACCAAUAUCUCGGCCCCGGUAAUUGACGAAAACGACGAAUCCCACGUUCUCCCCGCCUUCCUCAAGCUCCUCAGUCUCUUUCAAAUCUUCGAGAAAUCAGGGAUGUUCGAUAUCAUCCAGGAUGAACACUCGGAGCUACAGCCAGGUACGAAUAGUGUGGGACGUGUCGAUUGGCCCUUCCUGGAAGGUCUUCAACGGAAUCUGCAGGACGGAUCGACGCUUUUCGAGCGUAUCUCAGACGUACAGAAGGCGGACUUGUGCGUCACUCGGCACUGGAUGCGAAUGAUUCUAUGGAAACUAUCCCCAAAACGCUAUCUGGGGUCUCCCCCGUCCGCCGACCGGUCCAUGUCCCUCUGCUUCCCACUCAACGUCGCCAAGGAGCUAGUGAGCAUCGUCUCGCAGCUACCUCGUUCCGCAGUCGAGGCGCAUGGUUUGGGCAUGGAGCUCAAGAUUUAUGAAAUUGCUAAUUCCCUGGCCGAUGCCAUUACGGAUCUCGCUGCGCUGCCAUUGUCCCCCGAAUGGGAUGAGGUACAGGUCAUCAUCGGACCCUCGUUAACAACGCCUCUUCGAAACCCAGGGAGCAGAAAGCGCCGGCCGUCCCCCACGGAAUUCGAAGAUAGCCAACAAAUGCAUCGGAUUACCGAGUUGACCAAUCAUGAUUCUACAAUAUCCACCUGUUUAGACCCACUUGCUUAUCCGUCCGACGCGAACGACUUGACCUACGCGUCAGUUUGUGAUAUGUCCUUUGCAAGUCAAGGGGAUGGUGUACAGAACCAAGUCCCACAAUACCCGGAUGUAAACAAUCUGUUUCAACCUACCUAUAACGAGACGACAUCCGAUUUCCUGUUUGAUCCAAGUAGCGUAGUCAUUGAACCACAGGAAAUGGCACCUUUGUCACCCAUCUGGUCGUCUUUUAUGCCGAUGAACGCAAUCACGGAGGACAUAGCGUCCCAGAUCCUACGAGCCUCAACCCAGGAUAUUCUCUUUCCUGGCGCUGACUUCCCGAACUUUGCUACAGGCACUGAUUUUGUUGGUCUCUACUGA